AUGGGAAGCAAUGCAGGAGCCUCCUCGACGGCAAUGGCCGGGAUGGAGCCCCGCGUAGUCUUCCUGAACGACAAUGACGCCAACCAACAGCUCAUCACUUCCAAGCAGUAUGCGCGCAACGUCAUGGUCACGUCCAAGUAUACCGCAGUAAGCUUCGUGCCCAAGACCAUCUUCGAGUUCUUUCGUGUUGUAGCCAACGUCUACUUCCUCCUCAUCGCGGUGUUACAGCUAGCAACGCCGUGGUCCCCGACGAAUCGCUUCACGACAGCAGGACCGUUAUUAUUUGUCCUUCUAGUAACGAUGGUGAAGCAGGGAAGCGAGGACUUCAAGCGCCACCAAGCAGACGAAAAGCAGAACUGUCGUUCGUGUCGCAUUAUUAAUACUACAGGCCAGACUGAGAUGAUAACGUGGCAGGAAUUACAGGUUGGACAGCUCGUAUGUGUGGAAAACCACGAGGAGUUGCCUGCAGACGUGGUGAUUCUUGCUACCUCCGAAGAGGAAGGAAGGUGCUUCAUCGAGACGUCCAAUCUCGACGGAGAAACCAAUCUCAAGCGUCGAAUAGCUGUCAAACCCACGGCUCAACUCGUUGGUUGGCGGGAGCUGCAAGCAGAUCCAAUCCCUCAAGAAGCGGUAUGCUCCUCGGCUGUGCGUCGACUGCGCGGCUCGGUCGAGCACGAACAGCCCAACAACCAGCUCUACACCUUCACCGGACGAAUAUUACUUCGCGAAGGUGAUCGAGGCGAGACAGCAGUGCCCUUGGGGCCAGAAAACUUGCUUCUUCGCGGCUGCAGUCUUCGAAGUUGCGCGUUUGUGGUCGGUCUCGUGAUUUUUACAGGCAGCGAGACCAAAUUACUGCAAAAUUCUCGAGCCGCGCCCUCUAAGCAGAGUAAACUGUAUCGCACCGCGAAUCGCUGUAUGCUGUUGAUCUUCACUACAAUGUUUGCUCUUUGCUUAGCCAGUGCGAUAGCAGCAUCUUCCUGGAGUAAAGAGAACGCAAGUCGCUUAUGGUACCUGCCGUUUAUCAAGGAAGCGGACCAGGUGGACGACUUUAUCGUGAAUUUCUUCACUUUUCUUAUCCUGUAUAACAACCUUGUUCCUAUCUCGCUGUACGUCUCUCUUGACAUCAUUAAAGUACUUCAAGCGAACCGAAUCACUGCAGACUCGAAGAUGGUGUACGAUGGUGUUUAUGCCGUAGCCAGAACCUCAGAACUUAACGAAGAAUUGGGUCAAAUCGAGUAUGUCUUCAGUGACAAAACAGGUACUCUAACGUGCAACGUUAUGGAGUUCCGGAAGUGCUCUAUUGGGGGAGUAUCGUAUGGUUACGGAACCACCGAGAUCGGUCGAGCUGUGGCUGCUCUGGCCAGCUCAGAAGCCUCAAAAGGCUCGAAAUCGGCCUCUUCUCCUGCUAAAGCCAAGGUGAACCCGCUUGUCAAUGUUCCGAGUGGUGUACGGCUGGAUAUAGACGCUACAGACGACGUUCGGGAUAGAAUCUCCUCAGCUACGCCUGUGCUUCCCGUGACGGAAAUCGACGAAGGCGACCCCAAAGCAGCGCAGGUUCACUUUGAUCCUAGUAUUCACUUCGAUGACCCGGGUCUGCUACGAGCGUUGUAUGCGGGUGGGAAGCAAGGAGAACUCAUUCACGAAUUUUUGACGUUAUUGUCAAUUUGUCACACGGUAAUUCCCGAAGUGGACUCCAAGACGAGGGAAGUUGUGUAUCGUGCAUCCUCACCCGACGAAGAAGCGUUAGUGAAAGCUGCCAAGUGUCUUGGCUAUAACUUUGUGUCUCCAGCUCCUCUGAUGAAGGUCGAGAUCUCCCGAAAACCCUCGCUUCUCCCUACCGCCAACUCUAACUCUAACCAGCCACUGGAAACCGUAACAAAAUCCUAUACGAUUGUGAACGUCAACGAGUUCAACUCAACACGAAAGCGAAUGUCGGUCGUGGCAAUAAACAACGAGACGCGAGAGUAUGUUUUGUACUGCAAAGGGGCUGAUAAUAUGAUGCUGGAACGCGCUGUAAGUGGGAAAAACGAUAAUGACGCUGUUAUUAACGGGAAACUUGUAGGGCAUUUACGAAAUUACGCUCGUGAAGGUCUACGGACGCUGGUUCUCGGCCGUCGGGUGCUUACAGCGGAGGAAUAUAAACGCUAUAACGAAGCGUACGUAGCCGCAUCUACCGCACUCGAAGACCGCGAAGCAAAACUGGACGCAUGUGCCGAGAUGAUUGAGAAAAAUAUGCAACUUUUAGGCGUGACGGCUAUCGAGGAUAAACUACAAGAGGGAGUUCCCUCCGCUAUCUUCGACCUUGCUCAGGCUGGAAUGAAAGUCUGGGUGCUAACAGGAGACCGAGAGGAAACCGCGAUCAAUAUUGGACACGCUUGUCGACUCAUAAAUGACACGAUGCAGUUGCUCUACGUGAAUGCCGAGCGCGUGGAAGCGUUGAGUGCGCAGCUCGACGCACUGUACGAGACUCCCGAGAUUCAGCGACUUAUCCGAGGGAAUGUAGUUGCCGACAAUCUCGCGAUGGUGUGUGACGGUAAAGCUCUGGUGCACAUUUUCCCGUCCCGUGACGCUCGAGCUAAAAUGUCCACAGACGCCAUUGAGCGUGUUGAGGUUCUGACUGGGAAGCUCUUGGAGAUCGCUCGAAAGGCGGAGAUAGUGCAACUAGUACGGAAGGGUGGACGUCAAGGCUGUGAAAAGAAAGGAGAACAGCCGAUCACCUUAGCGAUCGGAGACGGAGCCAACGAUGUGAGUAUGAUCCAAACAGCUCACGUUGGAGUGGGCAUCUGUGGCAAAGAAGGGGUGCAAGCGGAAAACGCGAGUGACUACGCUAUCGCUCAGUUUCGAUUCCUAACGCGACUGGUUUUACUACAUGGACGAUGCAACUAUAAGCGCAUCUGUAAGGUCAUCCGCUACUCGUUCUACAAGAACAUCGCGCUCGUGAUCAGUCUCUUUAUAUUUAACUUCUUCAAUGGCCAGUCGGGAGCGCCAUUGUUCGAGAGCUUCGUGAUGGCAGGCUGGAACUUCUUUUUAGCGCUUCCGAUCAUCGUCAUCGGCGUCUUUGACCAGGAUAUCUCGGAAGAUGUGGUGCUGAGAUUCCCGCAACUUUAUCGUCGUGGCCAACACAACAGCGACCUCAACAUGCGCGUAUUUUCCAGAACGAUCCUCAACUCGGUAGCCCACGCACUCAUCUGCUUUUACGGAUGCUAUGCUGGCAAUCGACAUACAAACUACGGCUUGUACGUGAUUGGGACGCUGUUCUACACGAUUCUACUGGGCACGAUGAACCUCAAGGUGUCGCUGUUAACGUUGAACUGGAACAAGUACCAUCUCGUGGUCAUGAUCUUCAGUACUUGGCUCUUCAUCUUCUUCCUGCUCGUCUAUCCGCAGUUCACUUUCAUGAGCUACGACAUGUUUGGUGUACCCAUGUUCAUGAUCAAGCUUCAACGCUACUGGACGUUGCUGCUCUUGUGUCCCGUAGCAGCGAUGCUUAUCGACUUUACUGCCACUGCAGCACAGCAGCAGUUCCGACCGCGUGCUGAGGAUAUUCUACGUGAAAGAUUUCGCCCCAGCAAGUCCAAGCGGGUUAGUGACAUCGUAACUCCCUUGGCGCAGCACGGCUCUCCCUCGGUCGAUAAACUCUUCGUAGCUGAACAGUCUGCCGACGAGGAUAACAGGAGCGACACUAAAGACGUCAAGCCCAACACGUUCGUCGUGACAGGUCAGCCGCCGUCUCCAAUCAGACGAAGCAGCAGCACGAACAACCUCGUCAAGUUGGACUCGUUCAAGGGAGGUCUACCGCAGCCACAAGCUCGUACCAGCUUUGCCUUCAACGGAGUGGAGCAGCCUCCUGGCAGACACGCAUCGGGAGAUCAACCAGUUCAAGAGGCGGUGACGAUGCGAGUGCUGAGCUUCCAGAAGCAGCGUCAAUCCAGUCGAUCGAUCUCACUUAGUCGGAUUCCCAUAGCGCCAGAACUCGCGGUCACGACGCGUCAAAGUAGGAGAGAAGCGUACGGGUAG